UGUGUGUUUUUUUUGCCAGUUGCUUUUAAAAAGUCAAAAUAAUAUUCACUGAAGUGCAAAUGCUUUUGCAUGUUAGAUCUUCAUUUAGUUCCUGGUGUACAAGAAGGCACUCCAAAGCACUGGUGUUGAUCCCCAACCUAUCAUCACUGCUGCCAAGGUUUAAGAAUAUCACUUGUUUGAUACUAAAUUAUGAUUCAUGAUGUUUGAUGCAAGUUUUGUUUGAUAAAAUUUUAACGUUAACAACUGAACAUCUAAAUUACCACGUGAAUAAACUAACUGUAAUGUAUAAAGAUCAAUUGAUCUGCUGUUUUUUUUUAGGUGCUAAUGGUCUUGCAUCUCCAAGGAAUUUUCUUGAAGAUAAAUUCAAUCCUGGAUACACUAUAGUGCAGAAUUUUGGUGGUGAACUAUUUGUUGCAGUCCUGGAUUUCUCUCCCUUCGAUGUUGUUGCUUGGCAUGGUAAUUAUGUUCCAUAUAAGUAUGAUCUAAACAAAUUCUGCCCUUACAAUACUGUUCUGUUCGAUCACAGUGAUCCCUCGAUAAAAACUGGAAGAUGUUGCGAUCAUGAAGUAUAUGAAUACGGAUGCCUAUAGAUUCUCUAUUUCUUGUUCCAGAAUAUUGCCU